AUGCUCGCCACGCCGCGUCAAGCUUUGUUUUCUCGUUGGCUGCAGGAAACGGUGGAAGAGGCACCUAUUGUGGCUGUGCUGGGUGGAUCCGAGCCGGGCGAGCUCGUGAACAAAGCCGCCCCGCAGGCAGGAACGGCUGGGACGCGCACCAAAGUUUGGCUGUCGCGAAGUAAGGUCUCUCUCUCUCUCGCUCUCUCUCUCUCUCUCUUCGUUUUUCUUGUUUUUUCUCUCUCUCGCUCUCUGUCUUUCUCUCGCUCUCCUUCACAGUCCAUUUGCGGAGCCCGGCUGGUAGAUCCCCAACACCUCACACUGAGUCAGCUCGAGGCCACAUGUGAUCCGAACAACGUUUGGAAUCAGGUUCUCCAGACGCCUGCGCUGGACAAGGUAGGCCAGAGCACAACCUUUACCGUCACAAUCGAGGCGGGCGCUCUUCGCAAUUCUGUUUCCUCGAAGCUGCAUGGUGGGGAGCGAAGGCCACCAGGGAAGCUGGCCUGGUGCUGGACGACCUGA